AACGAGCUAAUCAUCAUCAUUUCUGCCUGUCCCAUCCAGAACAGUUCACAGAAAGGAUAUACCAGGAAGAUAAUGACAUAAGAGUUGUCUUUUUGCAGUAAUUUGAAAUUCCAUAGAACGUCUGUGGAAUACAGCACUCUGAAUUCUGUAUUUCAGAGCUGUCCAGCUUUUGUGGACAAUGGGGAAGAGCCGGUUGUUACUGUAUGCACUCUGGGGUGUCAUGGUUUUUGGCCUGUUCCAAAAACUUGAAGCCCAGGAUGCUUUGGCUGUUGGGAAGAGAGAUAUUGUUUUCCUCAUUGACAGUAGCAUGGGUUCCAUCCUUAUCAAUGCAGUGCGAGAAUUCAUCAAAAGGUUUAUUGACACCAUGCCGAUUGGUCCUGAUCAGGUGCAGGUCGGAGUGGCCAUGUUUUCCACAACCCCAAGAAUGGAAAUCAACCUCAACUCUUUCAGUACAAAGGAAUCACUAACUUCUGCCCUUGCAAGAAUAAAACCCAGACCUUCGAAUGAAGUCAACAUUGGUGCUGCCUUGGAUUUUGUGAGGACCAACAUGCUCACAGCUGAGAGUGGGAGCCGCAUUAAAGAUCAAGUGCCACAGCUUGUGUUGCUCCUAACCAGUAAAAAAUCCAAAGACAGUGUCCAACAACCAGCUGAUGCCCUUCGUAACAUGGGUGUUCUGACUUUGGCUGCAGGCUCCAAGGCUGCCGAUAAGGAUGAGCUCGGGCAAAUAGCUUUUGAUGACAGUGUGGUUUUCAUGCUGAAGGACUUUAGGGCAAUGGUGCGCAACCCCAAAGUAAUUAUCUCCCCUCUCUCUACAUUGUCUGGUAUUGUUGUAAUAGAGGAUCCAACUGACAAAGGCACAGUUGUGGAUGUUACUACAGUCCACACUCAAAGAGUUGUCCGAGACAUUGUCUUCUUGGUGGAUGGAUCUAACUAUAUUGGAAAUAACCUGCAACCUGUGCUGAAUUUCAUUACCGAAGUGGUGAAAAGGCUAGACGUUCGACCUGAGCGAGUGCGUAUUGGACUAAUGCAGUUUGCUGAAACGCAGAAAACAGAGUUUUAUCUGAACACUUACAACACCAAACAGGAUGUGCUCUCUGCCAUCGCUCGGCUGAGUUUGAUGGGAGGACGUGCAUUAAACACUGGUGCAGCCUUACAGUAUGCCCUAGAAAACCACUUUCAGCCCUCCGCUGGGUCUCGUAAGAGAGAGAGGAUCCAGCAGGUACUGGUUUUAAUAACAGGAGGACCAUCUGAAGAUGAGGUCAAGAGGAUUGCAGACAAAGUAGCUUUAGGAGGUGUUUUGACAUUCGCUGUUGGAGCUGGCCGAGUGGAGGAAAGUUUCCUGAAAACUGUCGCUUUUGUUGAAGAUUUGGCAUACUACAGAAGAAAUUUUGCUGACUUGUCAAGUGUUGUUGGUGAUAUUAUGACACCACUUGUCACUGUUGAAGGGGAAACUACAGAACCAGAUCUUGAACCACCAAGUCCCUCUGGAGGAGAAAGGGAUGUUGCAUUCUUAAUUGAUGGCUCUGAUGAUGUGAGAAGUGAUUUUCCCUAUAUCCGUGACUUCAUUUCCAAAGUUAUUGAGCCUCUGGAUAUAGGCUUUAACAAAGUACGAGUUUCUGUGGUCCAGCACAGUGAGAGACCCAGUCCUAACUUCUACCUGAACACUUAUCAAUCCAAAGAUGAGGUGCUGAGAGCUGUAAGUGGACUCAGUCUGGCAGGUGGAAGAAGUUUAAAUACUGGAGUUGCCUUGACUUUCAUGAAAAACACUAUCUUGUCACCAGCAAAUGGUGGUCGAGCCGGUGAAAAUGUUCCUCAAUUUCUGAUAGUUUUGACUGGGGGGAGAUCAAGAGACAGUGUCAAAGAACCUGCCGUUGCCCUAAAGACUGAGGGAGUUGUUCCUUUUGGUGUUGGAGUGAAAAAUGCAGAUCCUAAACAGAUUGAGGCCAUCUCUCACAAUCCAUCAUUUGCUUUCAAUGUAAAGGAAUUCAGCCAGCUCCACACUGUUCAUGAAAGGCUAAUGUUUUCACUACUGCUUCUGGAAGUAGACAUCAGCUAGGAGUACCUCAGCUUUGAAUUGGAUGCAGCUCAAAGAGACAUUGUCUUUAUUCUGGAUGGGUCUGAUGACACCAGGGAUACAUUUAAACAAAUGUGUCAGUUUGUUCAAAGAGUGGUGGACAAACUCAAUAUUGGGCCAAGCAAAGACAGAGUGUCUGUAGUUCAAUACAGCAGAGAGCCACAGGUGCAUUUUUACCUCAACACACAUGCCACAAAUCAAGACAUUCUCAAUUCAAUUGAGAGUCUGAAACACCAGGGAGGAAGUCCCCUCAACACAGGAAGAGCCCUUGAUUAUACCAAAAAGAACAUAUUAAUUGCCUCUUCUGGGAGCAGAAUUCUAGAGGGGGCUCCUCAGGUGCUUGUGCUUGUGACUGGAGGAAGGUCUCAUGAUGAUGUUAGAGGUCCAGCUGCUGCUCUGAAAAAGGAUCAAAUUGUAACAUUCAGUAUUGGCAAUCAAAAUGCAGAUGUUAUUCAACUCCAGGCAAUUUCCUAUACUCCUGGUCAUACCCUUACUGUUCCUCAGUUUGAUGACCUUCAAACAAUUGAACAAAAACUUGUAUCAUAUGUAAAAAGAGUUCCUCGUCAGCCCAGGAGGCUUCCACAAACUCCAACAGAUGCUGGAAAGAGAGAUGUUGUGUUUUUAAUCGAUGGCACUGAUGAAACAAAGGAAAGUUUCUCAGGAAUGCAGAGCUUUAUUCAGACCCUGGUUCAGAAACUGAAUGUGGCACCAAAUAAAGAUCGUAUCUCAGUGGUCCAGUACAGUGAUGAUGCAGCCUUUGAUUUCCUUUUGAAUACAUAUUCCUCAUCAGGUGAUGUUAUAAAUAAUGUGAAACGUUUAAUUCAUAAAGGAGGAACGCAGCGCCACACUGGGGCAGCCCUACAAUAUGUUAAGGACAACCUGUUUACUGCGGCUGCCGGAAGUAGACUUUUGGAGGGUGUGCCACAGGUUCUAAUUCUUUUGAACUCUGGAAGGUCCAACGAUGACAUACGUGGUCCAGUCAAAGCUUUGAAAGACACUGGUGUCAUUUCAUUUAGUAUUGGUACCACAAAUGCAGAUACGCUUGAGUUACAAACAAUAUCCCAUCAGCCGAACUACUUUUUCAUUUCUGAUUUUGAGAGCAUUCUUGAUGUUCAAGAGAAUAUUUUAGAAUUAAUGAACAAGCUAUCUUUCCAAAGGCUACCAACAAUGACACCUCAAGUCUCUGAAUUUGUCAAAAGGGAUGUUGCAUUUCUUAUUGAUGGAUCUGAUGAUUCUAAAAUUGGUUUUGAGGGAAUUCGCAAUUUUAUCCAGAGGAUAGUUGAGAGCCUAAAUGUGGCGGAAGAUCUUGAUAGGGUGGCAGUUGUUCAGUACAGUCGGGAUCCCACAGCUAAUUUUUAUCUCAGCUCAUACUCAACCAAAAAAGAGGUACUUAAUUCCAUACGAUCUAUGAGGCACAAAAGUGGAAGGCCACUGAAUACUGGAGCUGCUCUACUGUUUAUUAAAGAAAAUAUUUUUACACAAUCCUCUGGGAGCAGACGUCACGAGGGUGUACCUCAGAUUCUGUACUUAUUUAGUGGUGGUAGAUCUGGUGAUGAUGUCAGAACCAUUUCACAAGGUUUAAGAGAAAACAACAUAAAAGUCAUUACAAUUGGCACAAGUAAUUCUGAUACACUUGAGUUACAGACAAUGUCUACAACACCAGCAUAUUCUUUCUCUGUCCCUGACUUCACCUCCAUCAACAGCAUUGUCCAAAGAGUUGCCUCUGUUUUGGCAAGUGGUGAUGAAAUUCCUGAGCAGUUUCCAACUCCUGGGGGCCAGACUCUGGAUGCAGGAAGAAAUAUUGUGUUUCUUAUUGAUGGAUCAGAUGAUGCUAGUGAUAGAUUCACAGCUAUACGAGAUUUUGUGGCCAGUUUGGCAGAGAAAUUUGAUGUUGGUAAAGAAAAAGAUCAAAUUGCUGUUGUGCAGUUCAGUAAUACUGCAGCAAUAAGCUUUAAUCUCAGUAGAUACACAUCCACUUCUGAGGUGGCAGAUGCUGUGCGCAACCUCAAACCAAAAGGGGGAAGGCCACAAUAUAUUGGCCAGGCUUUGCAGUUUGUUAGAGACAGUAUUUUUACCCCUAGUGUUCGAAGUCAGCAAAAAGGCAGUGUUAGCCAAAAUCUUGUGCUUGUGGCUGGUGGCAGAUCAAGAGAUUCUCCUCGUGGACCAGCUAAUGCAUUAAAGAGUAUGGGAGUAGCCAUUUUUGCCAUUGGGUCAAGGCUGACUGAUCCUAUUGAAAUGGAAGCCAUUUCUUCGAAGAAAGAUUAUGCCUUUGCUGUUUCUGAUUUUCAUGAUUUAAAAAAUGUACACCAAAUCCUCAUAACAAAACUUAUGGGUGGAAGACAAAAAGGAGACAGAGAAGUUGAUGGCACAGGAUUUAAAAGGGAUAUUGCUUUUCUUUUGGAUGGUUCGGACAGUACAAGAAGAGGAUUUCCAGAAAUACGUGAUUUUCUGUACAAUAUUAUCACAAAUCUCAAUGUGGGAAUUAAUAAUGAUAGAAUCGCAAUAAUUCAAUACAGCAAUGUAGCUGUAGCAAAUUUUUAUUUGAAUUCAUUCUUAAGAAAGGAAGAUGUAUUGAAUGCAGUAAAAGUGCUUAGCCAUAAAGGUGGAAGGCCCUUAAACACAGGCUCAGCCCUUCUAUAUGUAAAGGAAAAUAUCUUUAUAAGUGCCUCUGGAAGCAGGCACAAAGAAGGCAUCCCUCAAAUAUUAAUUCUCCUGACUAGUGGAAAAUCAAAGGACAGCAUUUCUGAAGCAGCCACUGCUUUAAAAAAAAGUGGGGCAAUAAUAUAUGGAAUAGGAGGAAAGUACUCAGACUCUUAUGAAUUACAUACACUUUCUUCUGAAAAUAAAGUGAUUUCAUUGGUUGACUUCAGUGAAUUACCAAAAAUCCAGACACAGCUAUUAGAAGCAAUGAAAGCCUUUCCAAGUUACAACAAAAGUGAAACCAUAGGUAAGUGUAAUAAUACUUCUGCUCAGUACGAGACCACAAUUCUCCCGAAGGCGGGAGAGUCUUUUCCCAUUUGCUGUUGCCAGCUAGAGCAUGCAUACACCUACAGAAAAUAUCAGAUGCCAAGUGCUCAUGUGAUUCUGUGUUCGAUUUCAUUAUCCUUAGCUGAGCGAAAGAGGGAUGUGGUGUUCCUGCUGGAUGGUUCAGAUGGCACUAGGAGCUCUUUCCCUGCUAUGCGCGACUUUGUUGAAAGGAUGGUGGGCAGACUGAAUGUGUCUGAGAACAGAGACCGCGUGUCCGUGGUCCAGUACAGCAGAGAUCCAGAGGCCCAUUUCUAUCUUAACACAUACUCAAGAAAGGAGGACAUUCUUGACACAGUCAGGGGUCUGAGGCACAAAGGAGGGAGACCCCUCAACACAGGGGCAGCUUUGCAGUACGUGAGGGACAAUAUAUUCACUGCCUCCUCUGGAAGCAGACGUGUAGAAGGUGUGCCCCAGUUACUGAUUCUGCUGAGUGGUGGAAGGUCAUUUGAUAAUGUUGAUACACCGGCCUCAUCCCUGAAGGAGCUGGGAGUGCUUAUCUUUGGGAUAGGGUCAAGGAGCUCAGACAGCAGCGAACUCCAGAGGAUCUCCCAUGAGCCUAGUUAUGCACUCUCAGUAAGUGAUUUUGCUGACCUUCCAAGUGUCCAACAGCAGCUGUUCAGCAACAUUGACACAGUAUUUGUAGAGGUCACGUCUACCACUACCACGACGAUAGCUGAGGGCCGUAGGCAGAGGAGAGAUGUUGUCUUCCUGCUGGAUGGAUCGGAUGGCACUAGGAAUGGGUUCCCAGCAAUGAAAGAGUUUGUGCAAAGAAUGGUGGAGAGAUUGGACAUAGAUGAGAACAGAGACCGCGUUUCUGUGGUCCAGUACAGUGGAGACACAGAGGUCCAUUUCUAUCUUAACACGUACACGACAAAGGAAGACAUUCUUGACAGUGUCAGAGGUCUGAGGCACAAAGGAGGCAGACCCCUCUACACGGGGGCCGGUCUCCAGUACGUCAGAGACAAUGUCUUUACUGCCACCUCUGGCAGCAGGAGACUGGAUGGUGUGCCGCAGAUACUGGUUUUGCUUAGUGGGGGAAGGUCAUCUGACAGUGUUGACGCAGCAGCCUCCUCUCUGAAAGAGCUUGGAGUUUUGACCUUUGGAAUAGGAUCGAGGGGCUCUGAUAGCAGAGAAUUGCAGAGAAUUUCAUCCGACCCCAAUUAUGCCCUGACCGUGUCCGACUUCAGUGAGCUUCCGAAAGUCCAAGAGCAGCUGCUAGCCUCUGUCAAGGCUGUUGCAAUUCCCAUCACUCCAACAUCACCAGCUGUCACCGCUGUUUACACCACACCCAGAAGGGACGUAGUCUUUCUUCUGGACGGUUCAGAUGGCACUAGGAAUUCUUUCCCAGCUAUGCGUGACUUCGUGCAAAGAGUAGUGGAGAAAUUCAACAUAGAGGCCAACAGAGACCGAGUUUCUGUGGUGCAGUACAGUAGAGACGCUGAGGUCCAUUUCUAUCUGAACAGCUACACGACAAAGGAAGACGUUCUUGACCGUGUCAGAGGCCUGAGACACAAAGGAGGCAGACCCCUCAACAUGGGGGCAGCUCUCCAGUACGUCAGAGACAGUGUCUUUACUGCCACCUCUGGCAGCAGGCGGCUGGAGGGUGUGCCGCAGAUACUGGUUUUGUUUAGCGGGGGAAGGUCAUCUGACAGUGUCGAUGCAGCAGCCUCCUCUCUGAAAGAGCUUGGCGUUUUCACCUUUGGAAUAGGAUCGAGGGGCUCUGAUAGCAGAGAAUUGCAGAGAAUUUCAUCCGACCCCAAUUACGCUCUGACCGUGUCCGACUUCAGUGAGCUUCCAAAAGUCCAAGAGCAGCUGCUGGCCUCUGUCCAGGAUGUUGCAAUGCCUGUCACUCCGACUUCUCCGACUCUGACCGCUGAUGACGCCAUACCCAGAAAGGACGUAGUGUUCCUGCUGGACGCAUCAGAUGGCACUAGAAAUACUUUCCCGGCGAUGCGUGACUUCGUGCAAAGAUUAGUGGAGCAAUUCAGCACAGAUGCAAACAGAGACCGUGUUGCCGUGGUGCAGUACAGUAGAGACGCAGAGGUCAAUUUCUAUCUGAAUACCUACACAACAAAGGGGGAGAUCUUGAACUCUGUCAGAGGUCUGAGGCAUAGAGGAGGGAGACCCCUCAACACUGGGGCAGCUCUCCAGUACGUGAGGGACAAUGUCUUCACCGCCUCUGCGGGGAGUAGAAAGCAAGCGGGUGUCCCUCAGAUUCUCAUCCUCCUCAGUGGAGGACGGUCAAGCGAUAACAUAGAUAUACCUGCCUCCGCCUUGAAACAGGGCGGGAUCUUGAUUUUUGGUGUCGGCACCAGAAAUUCCAGCAGAGAGGUGCAGAGAAUUGCCAAUGAUCCUACCUAUGCACAGUCCAUCAAUGAAUUCUCUGACCUUCCCAGUGUCCAACAGCAGUUUAUCAGCUCCCUCAACAAUGUGCUUGGUCAAGUCAAGCCGGUGACAGCUACUGUGCCGGCUGAGCGAAAGAGGGAUGUGGUGUUCCUGCUGGAUGGUUCGGAUGGCACUAGGAGCUCUUUCCCUGCGAUGCGCGACUUUGUUGAAAGGAUGGUGGGGAGACUGAAUGUGUCUGAGAACAGAGACCGCGUGUCCGUGGUCCAGUACAGCAGAGAUCCAGAGGCCCAUUUCUAUCUUAACACAUACUCAAGAAAGGAGGACAUUCUUGACACAGUCAGGGGUCUGAGGCACAAAGGAGGGAGACCCCUCAACACAGGGGCAGCUUUGCAGUACGUGAGGGACAAUAUAUUCACUGCCUCCUCUGGAAGCAGACGUGUAGAAGGUGUGCCCCAGUUACUGAUUCUGCUGAGUGGUGGAAGGUCAUUUGAUAAUGUUGAUACACCGGCCUCAUCCCUGAAGGAGCUGGGAGUGCUUAUCUUUGGGAUAGGGUCAAGGAGCUCAGACAGCAGCGAACUCCAGAGGAUCUCCCAUGAGCCUAGUUAUGCACUCUCAGUAAGUGAUUUUGCUGACCUUCCAAGUGUCCAACAGCAGCUGUUCAGCAACAUUGACACAGUAUUUGUAGAGGUCACGUCUACCACUACCACGACGAUAGCUGAGGGCCGUAGGCAGAGGAGAGAUGUUGUCUUCCUGCUGGAUGGAUCGGAUGGCACUAGGAAUGGGUUCCCAGCAAUGAAAGAGUUUGUGCAAAGAAUGGUGGAGAGAUUGGACAUAGAUGAGAACAGAGACCGCGUUUCUGUGGUCCAGUACAGUGGAGACACAGAGGUCCAUUUCUAUCUUAACACGUACACGACAAAGGAAGACAUUCUUGACAGUGUCAGAGGUCUGAGGCACAAAGGAGGCAGACCCCUCUACACGGGGGCCGGUCUCCAGUACGUCAGAGACAAUGUCUUUACUGCCACCUCUGGCAGCAGGAGACUGGAUGGUGUGCCGCAGAUACUGGUUUUGCUUAGUGGGGGAAGGUCAUCUGACAGUGUUGACGCAGCAGCCUCCUCUCUGAAAGAGCUUGGAGUUUUGACCUUUGGAAUAGGAUCGAGGGGCUCUGAUAGCAGAGAAUUGCAGAGAAUUUCAUCCGACCCCAAUUAUGCCCUGACCGUGUCCGACUUCAGUGAGCUUCCGAAAGUCCAAGAGCAGCUGCUAGCCUCUGUCAAGGCUGUUGCAAUUCCCAUCACUCCAACAUCACCAGCUGUCACCGCUGUUUACACCACACCCAGAAGGGACGUAGUCUUUCUUCUGGACGGUUCAGAUGGCACUAGGAAUUCUUUCCCAGCUAUGCGUGACUUCGUGCAAAGAGUAGUGGAGAAAUUCAACAUAGAGGCCAACAGAGACCGAGUUUCUGUGGUGCAGUACAGUAGAGACGCUGAGGUCCAUUUCUAUCUGAACAGCUACACGACAAAGGAAGACGUUCUUGACCGUGUCAGAGGCCUGAGACACAAAGGAGGCAGACCCCUCAACAUGGGGGCAGCUCUCCAGUACGUCAGAGACAGUGUCUUUACUGCCACCUCUGGCAGCAGGCGGCUGGAGGGUGUGCCGCAGAUACUGGUUUUGUUUAGCGGGGGAAGGUCAUCUGACAGUGUCGAUGCAGCAGCCUCCUCUCUGAAAGAGCUUGGCGUUUCGACCUUUGGAAUAGGAUCGAGGGGCUCUGAUAGCAGAGAAUUGCAGAGAAUUUCAUCCGACCCCAAUUACGCUCUGACCGUGUCCGACUUCAGUGAGCUUCCAAAAGUCCAAGAGCAGCUGCUGGCCUCUGUCCAGGAUGUUGCAAUGCCUGUCACUCCGACUUCUCCGACUCUGACCGCUGAUGACGCCAUACCCAGAAAGGACGUAGUGUUCCUGCUGGACGCAUCAGAUGGCACUAGAAAUACUUUCCCGGCGAUGCGUGACUUCGUGCAAAGAUUAGUGGAGCAAUUCAGCACAGAUGCAAACAGAGACCGUGUUGCCGUGGUGCAGUACAGUAGAGACGCAGAGGUCAAUUUCUAUCUGAAUACCUACACAACAAAGGGGGAGAUCUUGAACUCUGUCAGAGGUCUGAGGCAUAGAGGAGGGAGACCCCUCAACACUGGGGCAGCUCUCCAGUACGUGAGGGACAAUGUCUUCACCGCCUCUGCGGGGAGUAGAAAGCAAGCGGGUGUCCCUCAGAUUCUCAUCCUCCUCAGUGGAGGACGGUCAAGCGAUAACAUAGAUAUACCUGCCUCCGCCUUGAAACAGGGCGGGAUCUUGAUUUUUGGUGUCGGCACCAGAAAUUCCAGCAGAGAGGUGCAGAGAAUUGCCAAUGAUCCUACCUAUGCACAGUCCAUCAAUGAAUUCUCUGACCUUCCCAGUGUCCAACAGCAGUUUAUCAGCUCCCUCAACAAUGUGCUUGGUCAAGUCAAGCCGGUGACAGCUACUGUGCCGGCUGAGCGAAAGAGGGAUGUGGUGUUCCUGCUGGAUGGUUCGGAUGGCACUAGGAGCUCUUUCCCUGCGAUGCGCGACUUUGUUGAAAGGAUGGUGGGGAGACUGAAUGUGUCUGAGAACAGAGACCGCGUGUCCGUGGUCCAGUACAGCAGAGAUCCAGAGGCCCAUUUCUAUCUUAACACAUACUCAAGAAAGGAGGACAUUCUUGACACAGUCAGGGGUCUGAGGCACAAAGGAGGGAGACCCCUCAACACAGGGGCAGCUUUGCAGUACGUGAGGGACAAUAUAUUCACUGCCUCCUCUGGAAGCAGACGUGUAGAAGGUGUGCCCCAGUUACUGAUUCUGCUGAGUGGUGGAAGGUCAUUUGAUAAUGUUGAUACACCGGCCUCAUCCCUGAAGGAGCUGGGAGUGCUUAUCUUUGGGAUAGGGUCAAGGAGCUCAGACAGCAGCGAACUCCAGAGGAUCUCCCAUGAGCCUAGUUAUGCACUCUCAGUAAGUGAUUUUGCUGACCUUCCAAGUGUCCAACAGCAGCUGUUCAGCAACAUUGACACAGUAUUUGUAGAGGUCACGUCUACCACUACCACGACGAUAGCUGAGGGCCGUAGGCAGAGGAGAGAUGUUGUCUUCCUGCUGGAUGGAUCGGAUGGCACUAGGAAUGGGUUCCCAGCAAUGAAAGAGUUUGUGCAAAGAAUGGUGGAGAGAUUGGACAUAGAUGAGAACAGAGACCGCGUUUCUGUGGUCCAGUACAGUGGAGACACAGAGGUCCAUUUCUAUCUUAACACGUACACGACAAAGGAAGACAUUCUUGACAGUGUCAGAGGUCUGAGGCACAAAGGAGGCAGACCCCUCUACACGGGGGCCGGUCUCCAGUACGUCAGAGACAAUGUCUUUACUGCCACCUCUGGCAGCAGGAGACUGGAUGGUGUGCCGCAGAUACUGGUUUUGCUUAGUGGGGGAAGGUCAUCUGACAGUGUUGACGCAGCAGCCUCCUCUCUGAAAGAGCUUGGAGUUUUGACCUUUGGAAUAGGAUCGAGGGGCUCUGAUAGCAGAGAAUUGCAGAGAAUUUCAUCCGACCCCAAUUAUGCCCUGACCGUGUCCGACUUCAGUGAGCUUCCGAAAGUCCAAGAGCAGCUGCUAGCCUCUGUCAAGGCUGUUGCAAUUCCCAUCACUCCAACAUCACCAGCUGUCACCGCUGUUUACACCACACCCAGAAGGGACGUAGUCUUUCUUCUGGACGGUUCAGAUGGCACUAGGAAUUCUUUCCCAGCUAUGCGUGACUUCGUGCAAAGAGUAGUGGAGAAAUUCAACAUAGAGGCCAACAGAGACCGAGUUUCUGUGGUGCAGUACAGUAGAGACGCUGAGGUCCAUUUCUAUCUGAACAGCUACACGACAAAGGAAGACGUUCUUGACCGUGUCAGAGGCCUGAGACACAAAGGAGGCAGACCCCUCAACAUGGGGGCAGCUCUCCAGUACGUCAGAGACAGUGUCUUUACUGCCACCUCUGGCAGCAGGCGGCUGGAGGGUGUGCCGCAGAUACUGGUUUUGUUUAGCGGGGGAAGGUCAUCUGACAGUGUCGAUGCAGCAGCCUCCUCUCUGAAAGAGCUUGGCGUUUCGACCUUUGGAAUAGGAUCGAGGGGCUCUGAUAGCAGAGAAUUGCAGAGAAUUUCAUCCGACCCCAAUUACGCUCUGACCGUGUCCGACUUCAGUGAGCUUCCAAAAGUCCAAGAGCAGCUGCUGGCCUCUGUCCAGGAUGUUGCAAUGCCUGUCACUCCGACUUCUCCGACUCUGACCGCUGAUGACGCCAUACCCAGAAAGGACGUAGUGUUCCUGCUGGACGCAUCAGAUGGCACUAGAAAUACUUUCCCGGCGAUGCGUGACUUCGUGCAAAGAUUAGUGGAGCAAUUCAGCACAGAUGCAAACAGAGACCGUGUUGCCGUGGUGCAGUACAGUAGAGACGCAGAGGUCAAUUUCUAUCUGAAUACCUACACAACAAAGGGGGAGAUCUUGACUCUGUCAGAGGGCGGGAUCUUGAUUUUUGGUGUCGGCACCAGAAAUUCCAGCAGAGAGGUGCAGAGAAUUGCCAAUGAUCCUACCUAUGCACAGUCCAUCAAUGAAUUCUCUGACCUUCCCAGUGUCCAACAGCAGUUUAUCAGCUCCCUCAACAAUGUGCUUGGUCAAGUCAAGCCGGUGACAGCUACUGUGCCGGCUGAGCGAAAGAGGGAUGUGGUGUUCCUGCUGGAUGGUUCGGAUGGCACUAGGAGCUCUUUCCCUGCGAUGCGCGACUUUGUUGAAAGGAUGGUGGGGAGACUGAAUGUGUCUGAGAACAGAGACCGCGUGUCCGUGGUCCAGUACAGCAGAGAUCCAGAGGCCCAUUUCUAUCUUAACACAUACUCAAGAAAGGAGGACAUUCUUGACACAGUCAGGGGUCUGAGGCACAAAGGAGGGAGACCCCUCAACACAGGGGCAGCUUUGCAGUACGUGAGGGACAAUAUAUUCACUGCCUCCUCUGGAAGCAGACGUGUAGAAGGUGUGCCCCAGUUACUGAUUCUGCUGAGUGGUGGAAGGUCAUUUGAUAAUGUUGAUACACCGGCCUCAUCCCUGAAGGAGCUGGGAGUGCUUAUCUUUGGGAUAGGGUCAAGGAGCUCAGACAGCAGCGAACUCCAGAGGAUCUCCCAUGAGCCUAGUUAUGCACUCUCAGUAAGUGAUUUUGCUGACCUUCCAAGUGUCCAACAGCAGCUGUUCAGCAACAUUGACACAGUAUUUGUAGAGGUCACGUCUACCACUACCACGACGAUAG